UUACACUUUCUGCAGCCGAAAUAUCAGAGCAUAUCAGAGGUGCAAAAGGUGCAACGGAAUAAAGCGCGAAAAUAAGAUACUGCAUCACACGGCGAAGAAGGACUUUUACCGAUUUGGUUGGAAUUGAUGUGAAGAAAAGCAUACGACUGCCGACCGCGGUGAACCGAACGAGCCUCAGGAUUAUACAGUCAGCGCCUUCAAAGCAUCAUCCUGGCGGCGAAAAUGCAAGGCUGGUUUAAUCGCGACGAGGAGGGCAAGGUGAUCAUUGACAACAAUGGGUUUGUCACGAUCACCUGCGAAGGUAAUGAGGAAAAUGUGGUUUUUCAACUGCAUAUAUCAGAGAUCGACGAAAAAGCAGAACAGAUGUGCUUCAAUGUCAAUGGCAAAGAUAUAUAUAUCGAUGUUGUUCCAUUUGAAACAAAUGAUAAUGAUUUCGAGGGUGAUAAGACCAUGAGUACAUUGAUUGGAUCAGAGAGCAAGGAGUCCAAGGAGGAAAAGUUUACUACUCCAACAACAAGUAAAAAUGGAAAUGCAAUUUUUCCUUGGUGUGAUGCCUCAACGAAGAUCUUCUUGAAAGAAUACAAACUGAAAAAGGAAUUAGUAAAGCAUCGAAAGUUAAAAAAUAUGAAGAGGGCAUAUCAAGAAAUAGCCAAUAAUUUGAUGGAGAAUGGCUUCAGCGUAUCGCCCUUACAAGUAGAAAAUAGAUAUAAAACACUCAAACGUGCUUAUAAGAACAUGGUAACGCACAAUAGGAGGAGCGGGAGGGGAAAGUAUAUCUGCAGUUACGAAGAUGAUCUGGUUGAGAUAUUUUCCAAUGAUAUAUAUGACACGAAAAUGAAUGAUGAAGAUUAUACAAAGGAUAUGAAGGAAACACUUACACCUAUUAUUCAAAAAAAUAAUUCGUCUAGUGAGACGUUUCAUUUGAAGACUCUUCAGCAUAAUGCCAGAUUGGAGGCUCAGAACGUGAAGAUAAUUGAGAAUCUACAGAGCUGUCAGCGUUUAUUGAAGAAUUUAAUCACUUCUUUGGAUAGUAAAAAUAAAAAUUCCAAUCACGUGCCAAGUGGAAUCUUGCAGAUGUGCAUGGAGAUGCGGGAUAUACAGAAAGAGGCGAAUUCACGCGCAGAAGAACAAAGGGAGAAGGCUAAGGAGCAGAGAGAGAAGAGGAAUAACUUACUGGAAGAAAUUGUAACGAUUCUCAAGUCUAGAAAGGACACAUAAUACAAUCAAUAUCAGACAAGCAUUUGGAUGCAUCCUCAAUAGUUACAGAAUAAUAGAAUUUAUUUAUUCUUUUAAGUGCAAAGAGAUAACUUUCUUGUUGUGUAUUUUUAUAAUUUCAUCACACGACUAAUACACAUUGCCUUCCUAGUAAAGUUUGUUCUGUGUAUGUCAUAAUAGACUUCAUUAUGAUAAAAUUUUUGAGAAC